CGAUACCAUCGCUUCAACAGCAGCCUUCAGACAAGAGGUCACCUGUCCUCGAAGUUUUAAGGACUGGAAAUAAAAAUACACUGAGCCAACAAGAUUCAAAAGAGAAAUAAAAGAAGUAGAAUCCCUAAGAAUGGCCUCCCUAAGCUCCAGCCUCUGGAAUGAAACCACUACAUCUGUUUAUCAGUACCUUGGUUUUCAAGUUCAAAAAAUUUACCCUUUUCAUGAUAACUGGAACACUGCCUGCUUUGUCAUUCUGCUUUUAUUUAUAUUUACAGUGGUAUCUUUAGUGGUGCUGGCUUUCCUUUAUGAAGUGCUUGACUGUUGCUGCUGUGUAAAAAACAAAACUGUGAAAGACUUGAAAAGUGAACCUAACCCUCUUAGAAGUAUGAUGGAUAACAUCAGAAAACGUGAAAUUGAAGUGGUCUAGCACUCUACCUAGGAUGAACAAAUCUCUGGAAACAGCUUUCAACUACUGAGAAAAAAAGGAAAAUUUUCUGAGACAAACUGUUGUUAUGAAAAUUGACUCUGAAUGAUUAAA